AUGCAGUACCAGGCGCCGGGCGCGGCUCCGGCGGCGGCCCUGGGCGUCGGCGUCCCGCUGUACGCGCCCACGCCGCUGCUGCAGCCCGCGCACCCCACGCCCUUCUACAUCGAGGACAUCCUGGGCCGCGGCCCCGCCGCCGCGCCGGCCCCCCACUCCCUGCCCGCCCCGCCGCCGCCGACGCUGCCGUCGCCCAACUCCUCCUUCACCAGCCUGGUGGCCCCGUACCGGACCCCCGUCUACGAGCCGACCCCCAUCCACCCGGCCUUCUCCCAUCACCUCGCCGCCACCUACGGCACCGGCGCUUACGCCGGGCCCCUCUACUCCUUUCCCCGCGCCGUCGGCGACUAUACGCACGCACUGAUCCGCCAGGACCCCCUGGGAAAGCCGCUGCUGUGGAGCCCCUUCAUCCAACGGCCGCUGCAUAAGAGGAAAGGUGGGCAGGUGCGCUUCUCCAACGAGCAGACCAUCGAGCUGGAGAAGAAGUUCGAGACGCAGAAAUAUCUCUCCCCGCCUGAGAGGAAGCGCCUAGCCAAGCUGCUGCAGCUCAGCGAGCGCCAGGUCAAAACGUGGUUCCAGAACCGCAGAGCCAAAUGGAGGCGCCUGAAGCAGGAGAACCCCCAGGCCACCAAAAAGGAGGAGGCGGAAGGCACCAGCGAUCACGGUGACCCACGACCAGAGGGCAGCCCCAGCCCCGCUGGAGGGGGCGAGGCCGAGCCGCAGGACAGCCCCUCGGCCGCCUCGCAGGAGGACCCCGAGUCCGAUGUCUCUGACGACUCCGACCAGGAGGUGGACAUCGAGGGCGACAAAGGCUUCUACAGUGCCACACGCUGAUGUCCCGCAGGCACGGAGCCGAGCUCGGCUUGUGCUGUCCCGGGACUGCGGGACUGUGGGACUGUGGGACUGAGGAUUUUAUGAUGGGAGAGGACUUUCACCAUUCCGCUGAAAGACAAAGAAGCACAAAUGGACUCGUUCUGUAAUGAUCUGAGAAAGAAAAGAUGUAUGUUCUACAAAAGA